AAUAAACAAGCAACAAGUUAGAGCUAAAACAGGUAGCGACCAGUGUUGUUUUUUUAAAUUAAUAUUCCUCUGUUCAAUAAGAGAGUCGCUUAAUGUAACUUAAAAGUCGAUUCAUCAACUGUUUGGACACCGAUCAGUGUGAUUUAGGCAGCUGACAUGUUCUGAGGCCAUUUAAAAAGACAUAUCAUGGCGUCGUCCGUGACGACGGGAGCAGCAACGAUAGCCGCCGCCGAAUGCACUGUGCCCGCUUGUAUGUUCGCCCCGGAUCGGGGCUUCUGCGCCGCUGCCGACGACGACGACGCAUGCGAGGGAGAAAGCUUGGAGGACGGCGAGGGCACCGAUGGUGAAUCCGCCGAAGUUUUGGAUUUAAGCAACAAGAUGGUCUUGGUGAGUCCGACGGGUGAACAAUACGACGCGCUGCAGCGACAUCUCCGGGCGCGGCUUGACGAGGGCUGCGGCGAGACCAUCUUUGUGGUUGGAAUGGGCUCGGAUGGCGGCGACCACGGCCUGAGCGACAGGGACAUGGAAGCGUCGGUGGCCACGGUGCAAUCGCUGUGCGAGCAGGUGGAGGCCGACCUCAUCCCGCUGAGGGAGCGCACAGAGGUGGGCGGCAAGAUCUUCGACUACCUCAUCCGCCGCCGCGUGGGUGAGCAGGACUUCCUGGAAGUCAGGGUGGCGGUGGUGGGCAACGUGGAUGCCGGCAAGAGCACGCUGCUGGGCGUCCUGACCCACGGCGAGCUGGACAACGGCCGUGGAUUCGCGCGCCAAAAGCUCUUCAGGCACAAGCACGAGAUGGAGAGCGGCCGCACCAGCAGCGUGGGCAACGACAUCCUGGGUUUCGACCACGAGGGCCAGGUGGUCAACAAGCCCGACAGCCACGGCGGAAGCCUGGACUGGACCAAGAUCUGCGAGAAGUCCUCCAAGGUGAUCACCUUCAUCGACUUGGCGGGCCACGAGAAGUACCUGAAGACCACGGUGUUCGGCAUGACCGGACACCUACCCGACUUUUGCAUGCUCAUGGUGGGCAGCAACGCCGGCAUCGUCGGCAUGACCAAAGAGCACCUUGGCCUGGCGCUGGCGUUAAACGUGCCCGUCUUUGUGGUGGUCACCAAGAUAGACAUGUGUCCCGCCAACAUCCUGCAAGAAACCCUCAAACUGCUCCAGCGGCUUUUGAAGUCCCCCGGCUGCAGGAAGAUUCCCGUCUUGGUCCAGAACAAGGACGACGUCAUCGUCACGGCGUCCAACUUCAGCUCGGAGCGGAUGUGUCCCAUCUUCCAGAUCUCCAACGUGACGGGCCAGAACAUGGACCUCCUGAAGAUGUUCCUCAACCUGCUCUCGUCCAGGACCGCCUUCAACGACGACGAGCCCGCCGAGUUCCAAAUCGAUGACACGUAUUCCGUACCGGGUGUGGGCACGGUGGUGUCGGGCACCACGUUACGCGGCGUGAUCCGCCUCAACGACACGCUCCUCCUGGGUCCCGACCCGCUUGGCGCCUUCAUCCCCAUCGCCGUCAAGUCCAUCCACCGCAAGAGGAUGCCCGUCAAGGAGGUGCGCGGCGGCCAGACUGCGUCCUUUUCGCUCAAAAAGAUCAAGCGCUCGUCGAUACGGAAAGGCAUGGUGUUGGUCUCCCCCAAGCUGAUGCCGCAGGCCGCUUGGGAGUUUGAGGCGGAGAUCCUGGUGCUGCACCACCCCACCACCAUAUCGCCGCGAUACCAGGCCAUGGUCCACUGCGGCAGCAUCCGUCAGACGGCGACCAUCCUGACCAUGAGCAAGGACUGCCUGCGGACGGGCGACAAGGCGGCCGUCCACUUCCGCUUCAUCAAGACGCCCGAGUACUUGCGCCGCGACCACAAGCUGGUAUUCCGCGAGGGCCGCACCAAAGCCGUGGGCACCAUCACCAAGCUGGUGCAGUCGGUCAACACGCAGGCGGCCAAGGCGCAGCAGGCCAAGAUGCUAGCCGGCAAAAAAAUGUUCAAGGAUGGCUCAGAGGAAAUGCCACCGCCCAGUCCCAAUGCCGCCUCGCUUCCUCUCAAAUCAGGAGGCGGAGGGCGGCGGCGAGGCGGCCAGCGGCACCAAGCGAAAGGAGGCGCCAACGUGGCGGCGGCGGGGGCGGCGGCGUCACCGGCGGGCCCCUCGACAACGGCGGCGGGCCUCGUGUAGACGCCAGCGCUCAGGUUCUUCUGCACGUUCGACACGCAGGCGCACACCAACAGCGUAGCAAGACGCGGAAAGUAAAUGCAACACGAUGCGAGAAAUCGCCGGCAAAGUUGUUUCUGCUGGCCACUUAUGCUACUUGGAAGCAUGCACCCAAUCGCUAGUUUUGGACAAAGUUUUUCACAACCAUUAACAGUCCACAAAUGGGAUUUUUUUUCUUUCCCGUAGUGAUCGAUAUCAAUAGAAAAUGCUUUUGCUAACAAUCAGGAAAUUGAGCGGGAUGAAAUCCUUUUAUCGUGAUGUACUUAUCGGUCCCCAGCGCGCCGGUCCACACUUUUUUUUUUUUAAAUAAGCUGAGCAGUUUUUUUCCCUCUCAAAGAUUGCGCAAUCUGUCUUGUGUUCUUUGUUCGUCCCUGAUAAAGUUGCAAAAAAAUAGAAAGAAAAGGGUUGUUGUUCCAUUUUUCAAACUGCGUUUUUAAUGUACAAAUGGUCGCAUUUAAACAAAAUGGCCGCAGUUGGUGUUGUCGAAACCCUUCUUGAAUAAACGAAACUGCGGAUAGAAACAACGGAAGCCGUGACUCACUGGUCGCUGUUUGUCAUUUGUUUUUAGGGCGUUGAUCAUAUUGAGGCCGUGUCACGUAAUCAUCUUCCAAGUUGAUUUUCGGGUGGAUUUUGCGGCCCCCCCCGUACGCUCGCAAACAAAAACACAAUUAUGACAGAUGAGAUUUGUUGCUCCAGGAUGAAUUCAGCAACAGGCCCCUUUGGAUGUUUCAUGUCGAAAAAAAGUCUUUUAUUGCCCAACUAAACCCACCGCCGCUUUUUACUUUUUUAAUCAUGAAAAAAUAUGAAAAAUCAUUCAAAAAAAAAAAAAAAACGUUUGUUGAAUUCUGUGAACAAGAUGUGGAAAAACACCGAGUGACUUAAUGCAGUGCGUCUUCAAAAUUUUCACAUCACGCAUUACACGUGGACUCCAAUUACAUCGACUUUUGUAAUCAGAUUACAUUUUAUAAAAUGUAAUUAGUUACUCCCCAGCACUCCCCCAUUUGCGCACUGUUCCAAGACAAUAAUUGCAAUUCCCCCACCCCAUCUCAUCGAAAAAGUUUGUCCCCGCCGCCAAAGUCCCGCACAAACUCGCUCCACGUUCUUAACGAGCCGAGCCAAAAUUAUGCGACAAUUAAUCAGCCGCCUCGAAGGUAAACAGGGAAAAAAAAAAAGGGCAGAUGAAACCUGGCGGAGCACAAAAUGAAUGUCUUAAUAAAUAAAGAUUCUCAUGCAUAAUUGAAUUUGGCUCUCGGCAAAAAAAAUUCCAAAUCAAAAUAGGCUCGAUGGUAAUAAUAGCCGCUCCAAUUAGAAGACUUGAUUUUUGUCCUCGCUUGUUUGCAUUAUUUGAAAUAUUCACAGUUUAAAAUACUUUGAUUUCCCCUGAUGAGCGAAGAGUGUGGCGCAUGAGCAAUUGCCAAAGUGUUAAAAAAAAUUUUUUUUUUUUAAUUGGAGAGGGAAGGGAUGGGUCAGUUGUCUCUUUCGGCCAGCAGGUGGCAUUGCAGCGUAAGGCAUUCAGCGCCGUUGGAGAAGAGCAAGAAGCCACACGUGGGCCUGAUUUGAUUUCCACAAAUUGUGCAGGAAAAAAGCGGCUAUAUAAAAAAAUAUAUAUUAAAAAAUAUAUUUAAAAAUAUAUUUAAAAAAAUAUUAAAAAGUGCUAUAUACAUAUAUAUGUUAGUAUGAAAAGCACAUGUAUUUUGUGUUGCUAAAGACCUAAUAGGAUUGUGACCUUUUAGCUAAUGUGGUGGUGGGGGGGGGUCUUAUUUGCAUUAUGAUGAUCAUGAUUGCAUUGAGUCAAAUUGAAUCGGUCCAUAAAUUGCUGGACUUGUUCAGUUAUUGGCAAGUAAUCAAAGAUGUUUGUGUGUCUGAAAGUGCAGACACACGCCGGUUCUUUAGUGUAGCUGGCAAGAAAGUGCUGACGGGGCGCUUUGGAUUCAUCAUGUUGGUACCUCCCCCCCCCCACGCCCC